AUGAUUAUCUUCAGUUUUUACCAAUUAUCGUUAUCACCUAUUAGAACUGUUCAAGUAGAAUUAGCUCAAGAAGGUCUUCAAUCCGAAAAUUACAAUAUUAAAUCAGAGAUUACAAUUAUUCAAGAUAAAUUUAGUAAAAAAUCUUUCCACACUGUUCAUGAUACUUCAGAAGAAAUCAAUGAUAAUAUAGCAACUAAUGAAAGAAGAAAGAGAAAAGAAAAAGAAAAAAAGGAAAAAGGAGGGGAAAAACAAAGAGAAAAACAUAGAGACAGAGAAAGGUCAGGAUCCAAAGAUAGAGAAAAAGAAAGAAAAAGAUCAAUUUCAAAAGAAAAAGAUAAAGAAAGAUAA